AUGGACCCAAGUAACGAGAACAAAUUUUAUGACACUGAUAUACCGUACAUUAGAUGCGAAGGGUCUAAUUAUGAAAUUGGCCUAAAGCAUGGGGCAGUAGGAAAAGACCUAAUUAAAAAAAAUGUUGAAACAUAUGAAAAGCUUUACCAAGAGACAGCACAGAUUACCUGGGACGAGGCAAAAGAGAGGGCCCGAAAGUAUGUUCCAUUUCUUGAGAAAUAUUGGCCCGAAAUAUUAGCAGAAAUGCGUGGAAUUGCAGUAGGUGCUGAGCGAGACAUGCUGGACAUAAUCACCUUAAAUAUAAGAUCUGAAAUCUGUCUAACAAAUUAUUCCGACGGCUGUAGUUCUCUUAGUCAAAAGAACGUCGAUAGCGGUGAUGUCUACAUUUCUCAAAACUGGGAUUGGAUAAAAGAGCUCGGCGAAGGCAUUGUCAUACUCGAUAUUAAGCCAAAAUAUAAGCCGAGAAUUCUUAUGAUGUCAGAAGCAGGAAUUGUUGGUAAAAUAGGAUUUAAUGAUUCUGGUUUGGGACUUAUGAUGAACGCAAUAAAAUGCGGGGUGGCACAAAUUAAACUCCCUGUGCAUCUUGCAAUCAGAAAAUGCUUGGAGGCUACAUCAGUUGAUGAAUGUUUAUAUGAUCUCGAGCGUUUUGGUAUUGCUUCAACUUCAAAUAUUAUGUUGGCAGACAAAUCAGGAAAGUAUUUGAGUGUAGAGGCAUCUCCCAAGGGAUUGGCUAUUUUAGAACCUAACAAAGAGGGAUUGGUGCUCCACACCAAUCAUUUAUAUGCUCAAGAACGCUUUGUCAAGGACUAUCCUGCUCCCAAUUCCUUGAGCAGGCUUGAAAGAUUAACUGAACUUAGCAAAGGAACUUCUGCAUCCUUUGAGGACAUUAGAAGAAGACUUUCGGAUGAAGAUAAUUAUCCAUACUCCAUUUGUAGAGGUGUAAUACCAAAUGCCACUGGAGUCGAAGCAAUGAUUACACUAGCUACAUUAAUUGUCAAUUUAUCUGAAAAAAAAGGGGAGAUAUCUUUUGGCAGACCAAGUGAGGGCCAUAAGCGAUACAAAUUAAGUUUUAAUUAA